AUGCAAAGAGAUUUAAAUGGGCUUAAAAUCUUGAUACAAAAAGAAAGUAAAGGUGCUCAUUCUAUUCAUUGUUUUGCUCAUCAACUCCAGUUAACUCUUGUUGCGAUUUCUAGAAGAUGUGAUGAAGUGCAAGAAUUUUCAUCGUUGGUUUCUGAUAUAUUAAAUAUGGUUGGAGCUUUUUUCAAGCUUAGAGAUGAAUUUUUUGAAUCUCAAGCAAAAGAAAUUGGAGAAGCAUUAUGUAAAGGCGAGCUUGAAACUGGUAGGGGCUUGAAUCAAGUAUUAGGUCUUGCUAGAGCCGGUGAUACUAGAUGGGGAUCUCACUAUAAAUCCUUCAAAAAUUUUAUUCUUAUGUUUGGUCCUAUCAUUGAUGUACUUGAUGCCAUUGCUAUUAAUGCUCAUUUUGAAGAAAUGUGCAGGACAAAGGGAUAUCUUAAAGCACGUUUAACAUUUGAGGUGGUCUUCAUGCGCACUGUUUUAGCAAUCACAAAUGAGCUUCAUGCAGCUUUUCAAAAGAAAGAGCAAGACAUUUCAAAUGCCAUGCUACUUGUUAGAGUGGCAAAGGAGGGAUUGCAGGAACUAAGAGAUGAAGUCAACAGUCACGGCUAUAAAGCUGCAACUGUUCACUGUGUGCAAGGGCAACAAUGCUGCAGCGGACUAAAGGUCAAACAUAAGACGAGUUGUUUCCAUCUCACUUCUGAUGUUUCCCUAGUAUAUAAGCCACAUGUUCCAAGGUCUUAUGUGAGCCUUGAAAAACCUAAUUUCACCAUACUGAAAAGCAGCCGCCACAAGGUUCUUCAAGUGCCUCCAAGUGCAAAGCUACAGCAAACUACAGGACCUACUCCUUACAAGUGA